AUGUCAGGAGGAAAAGAAACGGACGAAUGUUCAGGGAAGUUACCUGCUGGGGGGGAGUAUGCCCUGCUGGGUGCAAGGGUGAACUGCAGUAAAACUUAUGAAGAUCAAACCAAGAAUGGAAAUAUAGUAGAGGAUGUGGGGGGACCAUUAGAAUUGUGGCUGACGAAUAAUGAUAAAAGUGAUGCCAAACGAAUUGUGGAAGCGUAUUGUCAUGCGAACACUCAGACGAGGGCGGUCCUCACGAAUUACUAUGAUCUAUGCCAUUUCUUUUAUUAUUGGCUAGGGGAUUUAAUUAAGGGAAAAUUGCCUGAAAGGCGUGAACUCCAUCAAGUCAUGGAAGUCGUCUAUGCAAAAUUGGGGGGAUUCAAAUUUAGGGGUGGCUUUAGUCAUAAAUGUGAGAAUUUAUAUCCUGGUAUUAGUAAAAGUGUAUUCGUCCUCUAUAAGAAAAUUUUCGAUUACGCUUAUAAUUAUAAGAGUUUAGAAAGUAAGAGCGAAGUGAAGAAUAAAUUUUUAUGCAGUUCAGAAUGUGCCACAUAUGUGAAGGAAGUUGAACAAGCCUACUCAAGUGCAAUUGGAGCAUGUGGGAGCGCUACUUCGGAUAGAUUCUGUCGUGAACUUACGAGUGAAUAUAAUAAAUAUUUCGAUAAUAACAAACCAAAAUGGACAUGCACUACAACAACAUCUGAGGUCGACGAAGACCCUGACGAUGACGACGACGACGACUUCGACGACGAACUUUUUCCGAAAGAAUUCCAAGACCUCGAUCAGGUAGACGGACCUUUGAGUACAUUACCUUCCAGGAAAGACUACUACAAAUUCUUUGAUGAGGGCAUGAGCAAAUGUGAUCGGGAAGACUGGUCUUGGCCCAAUCAAAUCAAGGCUGCAUUGGAAGGUGAUGAGAAUAUUGGGGAACAUGCAGAGGAGAUUGCGAAAGCAUUGUGCCAUGCAUAUGAGAAAAAGGGGAAAGACACCCCAUCUAAUAAGCUCCCUGAGGAGUAUUGCGAUUUUUACUACUUUUGGGUGGGGGAUAUAUUUUGGAAUAAUUCACGUAAAAGAACUUUCAAAGGAAUUAUGGAUCAAAUUAAGGAUGCAGUAGGGAACAGUACUUCUGAUCAUGGCUGUUCUUUCCGCUUUAAAACUAAAGGGUUAAAUUCUUUCCUCUCUAGUAAACUUUUAUUCGAUUAUUACAAAGACAAAGAUGAUAUGAAGUCACACUUGAACUUUGAUAGUGAGGAGGAAAUUGGUUGUAAUGAUGCUUAUUAUGAGUACUUUGUGGCAGCACGUAAAGCUUAUGAGAUUAUGCACAAAAAAUGUCCAAAGGAAGAUACGAAGGGAACAAAUGAAUGGUGUAAGAAAUUUCACGAAAUGUACAAAGAUUGUAGUAAUGGAGGUGGGGUUGAUGGAAAAUCACAAUGUUGGGUGGCAAGGGAAUCGACAAAAUCCUGUACUGAGGACUCCAAACCGGACACACUGGACACUACAUCUUCCUCUACUGCUAACGACACCAAUUCUGUCACACCUGGUGCUGUAGCUGGUGGUACCAUUGCCACCAUAGGAAUACCAACCAUCGGUUUCUUUUUAUACAAAUAUACUGAUGUAUUUGAUGGAAUAAAAAAAUCCCUCUUUGGUGAACUCAAUAAUAGAAGCAGUAAUAGGAAUAGGGGAAGAAGAUCUACCAUUGGACGACAACACUUUGAGGACACAUUCACAGGGAACGAUUCUUCUACCUUAGGUGGUGAUGGUUCCACAACCCUGGGUGGGGAAUCGUCCACCUUAGGUGGUAGCUCCACCGAUAUUUCUACCAUCUAUGAUGAUGGACGACGUCGACCAACCGGAAGAACACGGACAGGAAUAAAUAAUAGAAGACCAGGGAAUAUACGUUAUUAUGCCACAUAA